AUGGCAAACUUAAAACAACCCAUCAGCUACAAGGCUCUUACAAAGCCACUAAAGGACCAGAAGCCACCACCAUUCAUAGGAGGGUUUGUUCCAAAGAAGCCAACCCAGAACAAGGUCUAUUCGUUUGAUCUAACCAAGUUUGAUGCUUUGUCUGAUGAGAUGCUGCUAAAAAAGGCAAUAGAGACACCCCACAGGUUGCCCAAGUUGGAAGAACUCAAGGGCGGACAGUAUUGCAGGUGGCACAACUCUUGGAACCAUUCCACCAACAACUGUGUUGUUUUCAAGGAUGUCAUACAGGAAGGAAUAAUAGAAAGAAGGCUAAAACUGGCGGAGAAACCUCCAUCAGUCACAACAGAUCCCUUUCCUCUACCUCAAGUCAACAUGGUCAACUUAAAUUGGCCAAAACAGAACAGAGGCAAACUAACAACAGAAGCUAGCUCUAGCAGAGGUAGAAGAGUCACAAGGGAGACUAAUCAAAGGCCAAAGGCAACUAUCUCGGUUGGGGUAGUAUUGUGCAGCAAGUGCAAGUGUGAGAGUAAGUUAGAAGUAACUCUGGACAGAUAG